AUGGUGCGCAUACGCACUUUGGCCCAAGAGGCCCUGAGUUGGACUUUCCUGGAGGCCAACCAGCGCCUGAUGUGGGCUUCGGUGCUGGAAUUCGAUGCUGUGCCCAUCCAGGAGUUGCCACCAUGGUUUCUGGAGCGGCAGAAUCUCACCCGCAGGGACAUGGGUGUUGACCUGCUUAGCCUCGACGGAAGGAAGGCAAUCCUGUGCCUGACUGGAAAAGAUGAAGCGGCGUCUCAUGUAGCGAUCAAGCGCUUUAUCCGGACGGCCGGCUUUGUUUGCAAGGCGGAUGAGUACCUAUUGGUUACUGCGGGCAGCUGCAAGCUAGGCAAAGUUUCCAGACGGUGGCUUCAACAGCACAGUGCCCAGCUCAAAACUCUGAGCCCGCAGAACAAGUUUCAACCUGGCAACGCGCUCACAGCCAGCAGCGUUUUGGAAGCAGAUCGAAUGGCUGAUCCCUCGCUGCGGCCCUGCCAGCAGGCAUGCCUGGAUGCCUGUGCUAGAGGGGCACGGGUGAUAGAGAUGGCAUGUGGCACGGGGAAAACACGUGUCAUGCGUGAGCUCGCGAAGAACUUCUCUGGGAAGGUGCAUGUGAUGUAG